UCGGCUAGUUUUUUUUUCAGGCAUGUAACACGGCCUAUGGCAUGGGACUUCCGUUCGAUGAAACAGGAACAGGAAGUUCCUCGCGACCCCGAGACGGUGAAAUAAAAACAUCCUGUAGCGCGAUGCAAAGAUUACGAGAAAUAAACGUGUCACGCGCACGCUGUACGCCGUGGGGCGCGAGUCGCUCGUAUCCGACCACAUGUGUUUUUCCAUCGGCGAGCUCGUUAUUUUUAUGAUCGCUUUCGGAUUCCGUUGGCCCAAGGUCGAACAACAGUGAUUAACGCCCAAAAAUCAGCCGUUCGCACCUUGGCUCCGAUCGUUCGAGAAAAAUUCACGGUGUGGUCGCCACAGUUAUGGAUAAUUUGAUUUUAGAGCUUGCUUGCACGAAGGGGACUGAGCUGGAUAUUCAAGAAUGCAAUCUGUGCAGGAAAGCAUAUGUGCCAAUGAUAUUGAGAGUCUGGACACGGAAACUCUCAUACCAGUGGAAUUUUUGGCUUGCGAUGCCUCUUCUCAUGUCUCGUCGAGACCGCAAGAUGCCUCGACUAUGGUGGAACUUGGAAAACAGCUUCUACAUAGUGCAAAGAAUGGCGACACUGAUGCUGUUCGUGAGCUUAUGUGUAGGGGCGCGCCUUUUACCACAGACUGGCUUGGUACAAGUGCGCUCCAUCUCGCAGCACAGAACAAUCACUUAGAGACUGCUGAAGUUUUACUUAGAGCAGGAAUAUCGAGGGAUGCUAGGACAAAAGUGGAUAGAACUCCAUUACACAUGGCAGCAUAUGAAGGCCAUCAUCUAAUGGUGCUACUGCUGCUUAAAUAUGGAGCAGAUGUUAAUAGCAGAGAUAUGCUAAAAAUGACUCCAUUACAUUGGGCAGUAGAACGUGAAUACUUGGAUGUAAUAAACAUUUUAUUAGAUCAUGGAGCUGAUACAAAUGCAACUAGUAAAUUUGAGAAAACUCCAAUCAGCAUUGCAUUAGAACACAACAGAUUAGACUUUGUGGAGCUAUUGCAGCAGGAAAGAGUACUAAUAGGUAUUCAAGAUCAUUCACAGAGUCAAGCUAAUUUUGCAGAAUUAGAAGUAGCCACGAAUAAUUUAGUACAAUUGGAGGCUGAGAAUAAUAGCAAAAGUUCGAUAAUACAGGAGGAGGAUCAGAAGAUUGGAGUAAUGCUUCAGCAACCUCAGCGCAAACGUAAAAUUUCUCAAGCACAAAUGGAGAAAAAACAAAAAAUGAUAUUUCAACAAAUUUCUGUAUCACCAAACAAUACAGAUGGUGAACAGGAAAAAGAAAUUGAAGAUGUUGAGAUAAUUAAUGCGAAUAAUAUUAUGAACAGUAAAAAACACAAAGACCUUAUGUCAAUAGGCAGACAGUUUAGGUUAUUAGAAGCACAUGGAAUCAAAAUGAUACCUGUGGAUGAUGAAUCAUCUAUUGUAGAAAAAGCAAUGGAAAGUGGGAGAACAGUAGUUUUAACAGAAGCUGGAAAAAUUGCUCUAAAUUUGACAAAAGGUUCGUCGAUUAAACGCCUUCAAGUUGCUUCGCGGAAAGGAGCAUCGAGGAAAGUUAUAACGAUUAGAACAGACCAAAUUCAAUCAAAAAUUUUAAAUCCAAAUUCUAAUACAUCUACCACUACGUUGCGGAGUCCAAAUAUUUUGAAAAAGUCUGCUGUAGAUAACAAAGCAACAAAACUGUUAGUUACAACAGUUUCUAAUACACCAGCAGCGUCUUCUCUUACCGAAAUCAAAAAUUCUAUUUCGACAAAGGAGAAAGUUGCGAAUUCGACAAAGGUUGAGGAAUCAACAAUUUUACCUUUAGAUGAUGAUGUAGAAGAGAUUACUGAAGAGGAAAAUUCAGAAAUUAGCGAACCAGUAACGGAUAUAGCGGUACUAAAUAGACAAUUAGCAGAAGCGCGAAGAGAAGCAGCAGAGUAUCGUAAACAAUUGCAAGAAAAAGAAAAGGAAGCGGAAAUAUAUAAACAGCAACUCAAGAACAUCACAGCGCAAAUAACAUCCAAGAAAAAUUGAUUAAGGCUCCUGUACACUUACUGCAGCUAUCUUGAAUUAAUGAUGUCAAUGAAGGCGAGAAAAUACACCAUAAUUUUUGCAACAUAUAUUAAAAUAAAAAUUUGUUUUAAUAAAAUAUUAUUGCCAUAAAAUAGCAUUUCGAUACAGCAAACAGUAGUAUGUAAAAUACACUAAGGUUUCCUUUUGUGGGUGAUCAAUAAUAAUAUAUGUCUAAUUGAAAUAUUUGAUUUUACAUGUAAAAUUGUAACAAAAUAGGAGUUUUCAAUAUACUUUAGCACGACAAUUAUUUUAAAUAUAAAAACGCUACACUAAAAUGAAAAAUAAUAUACGAAUAAUUGUAACAAUAAAUAUGCUUCCUGUUAACUUGGACUUGGCAAUCGAGUUAGCAAGAGCCUUAAAUAAAAAUUGCUUAGUUUUGCGAUAGAUGUCUUACGAAGGUAAAUUGCUUCUAAAUUUAAAAAAUUAUAAUAAUUAUUCCAACGGAAUAUAUUUUUACAAAAUAUAUUAGCUUUCUAACGUAAUAUACAGAUAAUGAUGAAUUUAUUAAACGUCAGGAUAUAGAUUUAUUAGGAUUUUAAAUUAUUCUAAUUGCUGCAUAUUUUCUUAUCCUUUUCUCUAUUUUUUUUCUCCAGAAAUAAGAAACAAAGAUAAUCUAAAUAUAAAAUGUCCUUUUCACCAAUAUAGAUUAACUUUAAUCUCUUAACCUUAUAUCUUUUUUCAAGAACUAGAAAAAGACAGGACAAGUUGAGAAGUAACGCGUUACUUGUAACAUCGAUACUGUUUUCUAUCUGUAAUGGUAAUGUAGUUUAACAUUACUUUUAUUGUUUUAUAAAUAUAUAAUACAUGCGUUCAUGUUGCAAUUUAACUACUAUUUACUAUAAAUUUCAUAUUGAUCUGGUUAAAUAUAGACAAUUGGAUGCUACACUAAUAAAGAGGUCAUCAAAAUUUCAUGAAGAAAUACAAAUAAAAAUAACGAAUCAUUGCUCUUUACAUAAUGUUUUUUAAAAUCAAUAACGAGUUACUUUUUAUGGAAAAAUAACGGAAAUAGUAAUGCGUUAUUUUUAUAGUGUCUCAACUCUGAUAAAGUUAAAUAGAGUAAGUUAAAUAGAGAGUAAAGUUAAUUUACAUUAGAAAAGAACACAAGUGUCUCACUCUAUGUUUACUUAAGUUUUCAAAUAAAUAUUUAUAUUUUUUUAACUUUAACUUGAUCCUAUUCAGUAUAGUUUAAAUAUAAAUAAUUGAAAAAUUAUUAGGGUAGUUGAUUUAUAAGAUAUGUAUGAUUCCGUUAAGAAAAGAUAAGAUCUUGAUAUUUGUAUUGAGUUAUAAUUCAAUUCAAUACAUAUCUUAAACUUCUCUGUACAAGAUAUAAAUAUUUGUAAGAAUUUGUAUAGUAAAUGUAAGUCUUGCUUCCUCUCUGUAAUAAAUGUAUUAUAUAAUUUUUUGCAUAAAAGUAAUGAUAUAUAUUAUAGGCAAUUGUUAUUUUCUUUUGAUUAUGCAUAAUAUCAUUUCAAUGUUAAGCAUUUUCUAACAUUUGACAUUUUUUAUUUGACAUGUCAUCUCUUUUGUGCAAUAUCAGUAAAAUACGAUAGAGAUGAUGCACCGAGCAUAGCACAAAGAUUACAGUGUUGUUGGAGUUUAUAAACUAAUCAGAAUUUUAUACAUAUUGUACUUUCAUAUCUUUAACAUAAAUUAUGCUUCUACAUAAUUUACGAAUUGUUACGGAUUAUCAGACAUCGAAAGGAAUGAAAAGUAUAAAAUAUCUUUGAAGUUGUUGAAUGAAAUACUGAAGUCUAUAAAUAAUGAAUUUUUCUAGAAUUGAACAUUGGAAUUGUAUAUUAUAUUAGACAACUGAAUUCGCUCAGUCUUGUAAAUAGAACACAUAAUGUGGAAAGCAAAUCAAUUCAAUGUGAGAAAGUGUGUAAUUUAAAAUGUGCUUAAAAUCAUUUUGCAUAAUCCAUUAAAGUGCACACGAUAUCGCUUCGCCUUAGUUUAAUACGAAGCGUUUGCAUUCCAAGUAUUUUUUCAACAGCUGCCUGGUAGCUAUGAUUUUCGACGAUAAAAAUCGACUGAGAUGUACGAACAAAAAUAAAAAUUAAUAACUAUCAUGUUUAGUCGAUGCUAGAAUAUUUGACCAAUUUAAUCUAAAGAUAUUAUCGAACGAGAUGUGAAACGAUGAGAGAGCGUAUAACACAUAAGGAUACAGAAAGUGGCUGACCUCAGGUACAAAAAAAAAAGAUGCAUUGUAUAAAGUUGUGGAAUGCAACGGUCUAUACUUAGAAUAUAAUUUUUCUAGAAUAAGAUUUUUCUAGCAAUGUAUAUUGUAAAUAUAAAUUUAUACAUAGUUGAAACAUAGAUUCUUGAAAUGGA